CGGAGAUGGCUCGCGCCUGCGGCCGGUGAAGAUAAGUAACACUCGCGCCGCAGGUGUGGCGGCCGCAGCGGGAGCGGCGAGAGCGGGAGAGGAGGAGGGCCCAGGGCAGCGGCGGCUGACUGGCCCCGAGUUUCGCGAGCAUGACCGGGCUGUACGAGCUGGUGUGGCGCGUGCUGCACGCGCUGCUCUGCCUCCACCGCACGCUCGCGUCCUGGCUCCGCGUCCGCUUCGGCACCUGGAACUGGAUCUGGCGGCGGUGGUGCCGCGUCGCCUCCUCCGUGGUCCUAGCGCCGCUCGGCUUUACCCUCCGCAAGCCCCCGGCGGCGGGCAGGAACCACCACCACCACCACUACCAUCAUUACAACCACCACCAUCCCCACGGCCGCGGGCCACCCGGCGGGGCCUCUGCCGCCACCCACCCCCGGCUCCGCUGGCGCUCGGACGGCAAGUCCCUGGAGAAGUUGCCGGUGCACAUGGGCUUGGUGGUCACAGAGGAGGAGGAGCCCAGCUUCUCGGACAUUGCAAGCCUCGUGGUGUGGUGCAUGGCGGUGGGCAUCUCGUAUAUCAGCGUCUAUGACCACCAAGGUAUUUUCAAAAGAAAUAAUUCAAGACUGAUGGAUGAAAUUUUAAAACAGCAACAAGAACUCCUGGGCCUAGAUUGUCCCAAAUACUCACCAGAGUUUGUGAAUAGUAAUGACAAAGAAGAUCAAGUUUUAAAUUGCCAAUCAUCAGUGAAGGUGCUGUCUCCAGAAGAUGGAAAAGAAGAUAUUGUGAGAGCUGCUCGAGAUUUUUGCCAGUUAGUAGCUCAGCAGCAAAAGAGAUCCACAGACAUGGAUGUGAAUGUUUUAGACAAUUUACUUAGUUUGAAUGGUUUCCCUGACCCCGAUUUAGUAUUGAAGUUUGGUCCCGUGGACAGCACAUUAGGAUAUCUUCCCUGGCACAUUAGGUUGACUGAGAUUAUCUCUUUGCCUUCACACCUAAACAUCAGAUAUGAGGACUUUUUCUCUGCCCUCCAUCGGUAUGCAGCCUGUGAGCAGCGCUUGGGAAAGUAAUCAUUGAUUGCACUGCUUGAAUUCAAGCUUUUGGAGGAAAGGACCCAAGGGAUUCUGAUGUUUACAAGCACCUGUGAUCAAUUCUGUAUACACCCAGUUCACAAUCCUCCUCAUAAUUUAUCGACAAACUCAAAAAAGUGUCUUACUUGAGAGCGAGUGUGUGUGUAUGUGUGUGUGUGCAUGCGAUUGUGAGUAUGAAAGUAAAUUUAUAAAUGGGAAGUAUUGAAGAAGGAACUAUAUAGACCUGCAGCUUUGAGAAAAUAACACUAUCCAAGUCUGAAAUGUAGGAUUCUCAAAGGCUUCAGCCUCAGUCUCUUCCCUAUUUUUGUGGGGAGGGCAGAGGAGGGAUGAUUGAAGCUGUUUGGUUAUUGUUUGGGGACUUUGAGGGAGGGAGGGGAGAGGCAGGGUUUGGUGUUUUUUUUUCCUAGUGACCAAAAUUUUAAGUUUUAAGAAUAAUGUAUUGACUCUCUCUAUUAAGUGGAAGCAUUCUAAAUAUGAGAACUCUCCAGCCUGACAGUUUGGCGUGUUGCUCACAUGUUAAAAGCAUGCACCUUUGGAGCUAAGAGGGAAUUUCACUUGUCAUCAGAUGUCCGUCCAUUCCUGUCCCUUACCACAUCAUGAACCAGCUGGGUCACUUUAGAGCCCUUGACCUGGUGUGCUUGUUUAUGGUAUGGAUUGUGAAGGUCAGGGACAAACGUUUUUUGCUACUUUGGAAACAAAAAAUUGAAAAAUUCCUAAGAUGUUUUCCAAAAGGAAAUGGUUGUCCAGCAGUAGUUUGAGAAAUGAAACGAUAGUAAGUUCCCUGAGACUAGAAAAAGCAGCUUUGGUCUCUUUUUUUUGGAGGGCAGUUUGUUUUUAAGCAGCAACCAGUGUUUAUAUUAGACCUAAAGUGUCUAACUGUCCAUUUAUGAAUAGCAAGUGAGGGAAGUUAACAAUGGCAGCUGGUUAUCUCCUCCAGAAGCGAUCCAACACCUUCAGAAUUCUUCCCUCCUUGGAGUAGCAUUAAGUUCCUAUGAAUGGAGUUAUAAAUAGAGUUUUUAUAUGGCAUUCAUUGGAAUUUUUUAAUUUAUUAUUAUUUUUUUAAGGAUUGAAGCCUCUGCAGGGAGUUAAAUAUUACCAAAGUCUACAAAAAGAUUGGGCUUAGGUUUUUGUUUCCUUUCUUGAGAGAGAAAAAAAGCACUGGUUCCAUUUUAUUUUUAAAUCUAUGAAUAUCCAUUUUUUAGGCAUUUAAUCAUUGCCUCUUCCCUCACUCCUGCUCUUAAAUUAGGCAUAAGUCACUGUUUGAAUUUGCUAUGUUAGUUUUGGGGAGAACCUGUCUACAAAUGUACAAUAUUUGCAUUGGAAUUGUGCAUUUGGAAUAGGGUCAUUAUUUACAAUUUAGGUUUCAGAAGCCUGUAAAGUAAAAUAGUAGUUAAAGACUGAAUUCAGAGAGCAUGUUCUGUUACUGUCCAUCAGGUUCUGAAGCUAUGAAGAAUAAAUGUAUUUCAGCAAUGGGUAAUAAAUCCCCAUAUAUGAUUUUGAAAACACACUUGAAAUAAAAUCCAUUGAAAACUGAAAUUUGGUCAAGUGAUAUUACUUUGCACUUCUUGUUAUUUAUAUGUUGAAACACUCUGGGUUUUAAAAAUAUUAAUUUAUUGCUGAAAGUUUUGUCUUGAUUGAAGUUACAGUGUACCUCUUACUUAUCCUUUGCUGAUGAACUAUAGAUUAGUAUUCCAGCGCUGUGUUCCAGGUUCUGCUGAAACUUUUUUGCCUUCAUUAUAGAUUGUAAUAUUCUUGUUAACUUGCAGAUAAGCUGAAAAGUUAUAUUUCAUUUUAAAGAAGAAGAAAAACUUAAGGGAACAUAUCAAGGUGAAGGGAAUUAAUAUAAUAGUGCGUUGCAUAUUAAGUUGAAUACAGUAAUAGUCAAACAUAUUACAUGUAAUGGAGCAUUAAAAUCAUAUAGUUUAAAUUGAUGAAAGUUGCAAGCCUGCUCUAUUUUCUUUUACUCCUUCCAUUUCUUAAGAAUUGUAUGUCUUGCAUCUAAAAUAAAGGGUUAAGCUGUGACCUGAUGGGGAAGGACUAAAAAGGUCGCUUGAAGCUCUGAGUUUAGAUACGGACAUCCAAAAUUUCAUACACGUGAGCUGGGCUGUGCUGCUAAUAUAAUUUUUUCUUUCCUAGCAUUGGCUUUUAAUCGCUUGUUAUUCCCUUCAAAAUCAGAAUGAGUUAUGCAUUCAAUGCUCCCAAAAGCAAACAGAAAAUUUAAGUGUUAUUUAAUUUAAUUAUCUUUCUGGGCAAUUAAAGGCAUUUAAAAUUAUUCUUUUUAAUAAUCCCUGCCAUGGUAAAAAUAGCCAAAUUAAAUCACUUAUGGCUAGCAAUAACUUGGAGCACAGCAGGAAGUUGGACAUUUGAGUUUAGUUGAGUUCUGGUUGUGUUCUCCAACUUACAGAUUUCUCAUUACCAGGUUAUGAAGUUGGGGAGUUAUUUUGGGUUCUGAUAGCAAAUUACUACAUAUUGUGACUAAAGCUUAAAAAUUCCUGUCUUUGAGAGGCAGAUGUUAACUUCACAAACAGUGCCAAAUACACUGUGCGUAUCUACAACUUGAUUUCUGAAUGUAUGUCCUUUGGUUAGCCCUUCCCAUUCUGUGUAAUGGUACCAUGUGUAGAGCCAAUUAAGUCCUUGUGAUAUUCUGUAUGGCUGUAGACUUUGGAAACAUGUAAAUAAUGUGUAAAGCAAGUUUUUAUGAUUAAGGAAUCAAAUUUAUUGAAUUUUAUUAUUGAAAGUUCAACCUAAACCUGUAUGACAAAGAAAUCAAUAAAAGAAUAUAAUCUUUC